CUAGUUUUGAUCGAACCCCGACUUAGAUGGUUUCUGUCUCACUUUCCAAUUUGCCAUCCUCAUGCAAGCCAAACGUACGUUCGCUCCCAACCCGCGCUACCCCGACGAGUUCCUUCGCAAGAUCCCCAAGACGGAUCUCCAUUGCCACUUGGAUGGAUGCGUUCGUCCUGCGACCUUGAUUGAACUGGCGCAGGAACAAGGUGUCGAGCUCCCGACGUACGACGUACCCCAAUUGUCCACGUGCCUCUUCAAGGAAACGUACGCCAACUUGGAAGAGUACUUGCGCUGCUUUGCCUACACGUGUGCCGUCCUGCGUGACCCUGCUGCGUUAGAACGCGUGGCGUACGAACAGGCCGUCGAUCAGUAUGCCGUAGGAGUGCGCUACUUCGAAACGCGAUUCGCGCCGCAACUCCUGGCGAUCCCUGGCAAGCUCUCGGUUGAGGACAUCCUUGUCCACGUGAACAACGGCCUUAAGCGCGCGACGGACGAAGCGAACGCCGCGGACGACGUCCAGAGUGGUGCCGCCCCUGUCCACGGGUACGGCAUCAUCGUGUGUGCGAUGCGCUUCUUCAUGCCCAACUUUGGUCCGUACUACGAGCAGUUCUGCCACGUGCAUCGGUACGAAGACAACCAUCGGUUGUACGGGUUGGCGUCCAUGGCUCUGAUCACCCAAGCGCAUGCGGCGAAGGAAGCAUUCGGCCUGCCCAUCGUCGCGCUGGACAUUGCCGGCGCCGAAAACGGCUUCCCCGCGUCAGAUCACGUGGAAGCGUUUGCGUUUGCACACAAAAAGUUCAUGCAUAAGACGGUGCACGCCGGCGAAGGGUACGGCCCCGAGAGCAUCUUCUCCGCCAUCACGGACCUCCAUGCCGACCGCAUCGGCCACGGGUACCAUCUCUUCCACGCCAACCAAGUGCGCAAGGACAUGACGGACGACCAAAAGCAGUCGUACGUCGAUGGACUGGCGCAGUACGUGGCCGACCAGCGCACAUGUCUCGAAGUGUGCGUGUCGUCGAACCUCCAGACCGUGCCUGAGAUUGAAAACGAUGCAUCUCGACACCCAUUGACCGAAAUGCUCAAUGGGAAGCUCGCCGUGUCGCUGUGCACGGACAACUGCACCGUAAGCAAGACGGACAUGUUCAAGGAGGUGCGCCUCGCGGUCGACGCGCUGGACCUGUCGCCGUCCGAGCUGCGCCGCGUGAUCCUCACGGGGUUCAAGCGGUCGUUCAUGCCGCUGCCGUACAAGCAGAAGCGCGCAUACACUCACGGCGUGAUUGACUAUUACGACAACCUGUGCCGCGAAUACAACAUUCAAGACUAAUUGUAAUCUCCUUGUACGAGUAUAAAAUAGAAAAUAUAACGACCAAAUUAUGCAUA